GCAACACGUGCAUGGUUAACUGAUGAGUUGAGUUAUGUCAUUUCCUACUGUAGCGUUGUAGUUCCGACAAGCUGUCAAUCGAUUGUUGUCUGGUACUCUGUCUUUGAAAGCAACUUAAUCAGAACCACACAUUUCCGACUUUUGAAGCAAACUUUGCGGGCUUGGACAUCAAACCCGGAAGAGGGACUAAUAAGUGAGACUAGCUGCGUUUACACAGACAGUGCGACCAUGGAAGCAGAAGCACACAGUUGUCACCGACUGCCUGGGAAAACAUCAAGAAAGAGGAGGAGGGAUGAAAUCAAUGGAGAGAUGGAGGGAGAGCAGCCCGUUAAGGUCCGACGAUCCACAGUGGGCCUGACAGAUCCAGCCCCAUUUGCUGACCAGCUAGAACCAGAUACCGCUCCAUACGUGCGUGUCAGUAUGGAGGAGGCAUGCCAGGGCACCCCACAAGAGCGUCCAGUGCGGGUAUAUGCAGAUGGGAUCUUUGACAUGUUCCAUUCCGGCCACGCCCGAGCACUGAUGCAAGCCAAGGGGCUCUUCCCAAACACCCAUCUAAUUGUUGGAGUAUGCAGUGACGACCUGACACACAACUUAAAGGGCUUCACCGUAAUGAACGAGGACGAACGCUACGACACCGUCAGUCAUUGUCGCUACGUUGAUGAGAUCGUACGGAACGCACCGUGGACGCUCACGCCGGAAUUCCUGGCUGACCACAGGAUUGACUUUGUCGCCCAUGAUGAUUACCCAUAUUCUUCGGCAGGAAGUGACGAUGUUUACAAGCACAUCAAGGCGGCAGGCAUGUUCGCACCCACACAGCGGACAGAAGGCAUCUCCACUUCUGACAUCAUCACCCGUAUUGUCCGCGACUAUGACGUGUACGCACGCAGAAACCUGCAGAGAGGCUACACUGCCAAAGAGCUCAAUGUCAGCUUCAUCAAUGAGAAGAAGUACCACCUGCAGGAGCGUGUGGACAAGGUGAAGAAGAGGGUGAAGGAUGUGGAGGAGCGAUCCAAGGAGUUUGUGCAGAAGGUGGAGACAAAGAGCAUCGACCUGAUCCAGAAGUGGGAAGAGAAGUCCCGAGAGUUCAUCGCCAACUUCCUGCAAAUGUUUGGCCCAGAGGGAGCACUGAAGCACAUGCUAAAGGAGGGGAAGGGGCGGAUGCUGCAAGCCAUAAGCCCCAGGCAGAGCCCCAACAGCAGCCCGACCAGAGAGCGCUCGCCCUCUCCGCCGCCCUCCUUCCGUCUGCCCUUCUUCACCAAGACCUCCCCUCCCUCCUCGCCCUACCACCUCAGUGGAGCAGACAGCAUAAGCGAGGAUGACGAUUAGGAGCCUCCCUCCAUUCCUUUCUCUCCCUGUGGCUGAGAUGGUCAGGGUUAGGGUAAAUACCAUUUCAAUUCAGUCAAUUGAUUGAAUUGAAAUGGAAUUGACCCCAGCCCAAGUGCUCACAAGGAAUUGAUUAUUCACAUGCGCUUGAAUUAGGAUGCCAUGUUGCGUUUUUUCCACUCCCGCUCACAUUACUGGUUCUCUUUACCAGGCCUCCAGUGUCAGUCAGGCCUUUGUCAUGUUUAGGUGUUGGAAGCAAACCACGACACAAUUGCAUAGCAAGUUUAAUCAUAACUCUCUGUAAAACGGCUGUUCUUUGGGGUCACAGUGUUGUUGUUAUUCACAAAAUCGAUUUUCAAAUGUUUCAUUGAUGAUGUAUAAAAUGAAUUAAUGAACAUGGGAAUGUGUCAGCCAAUACGGGCGUGAGUGAUGGGACACUCAUUCGCUCAUAAAUGACUUGCAUGUUCUUCCGAACACACACUGAAUUGUAUUUGCCAUGCUAAAUCCAUAGUAGCGCCAGAGAAAAUUGAACAAGUGAUAACCGGUACUUUCUGUAAAUAAUAACUUUCUACUUUCCCAUUUGAUUUCAUUCUGAAUUUUCUUUAUGGGAGUUACAUGAAGUAAUCGCUUAAGUCGUCUGGAUUUUUAAACUUCUCUGGUGAAAGCAUAGUUCACAUGGAUAUAGCACGACAAUGGGUAAGAAUCUAUUGAAUCUAGUAGGGGUUAACCAUCGUACCGGAGUGAGCAAAAAAGACUGUUUCCCAGUCUAAAACAAGCUGGCACCUCAUACCAGCUGUCUGCCUCUUUAUCCCAUAACAAAAGCUGGUUUCAAACAUGGGUGGGUGGGGGGGGUGGGGGUGGGGGGGGUUCCUCCAAUAUGAAGUAGUAGAAUGCCAUCCCUCCUCCCUCUAGUGAUCGCGCUACAGGAGCAACACAGCAGCCUUUUGUUAUCAAUGAAAGACAUAGUGAGCCUCCCUCCCCUCGUAGAUGCAUUCUCUUCAACUGCCUCCACAGAAAAAUACAACUUGGGUAGAAAGAAAGCCUUGUGCAGAAUUCCGAAUAGCCCCCUACCACCCCUUAGGGCCUAGGCACUCCUGUAGAUCUGAAAGGAUGAGAUAGCUUUUGCGUUCUGGCAGGGUGGCAUUUUCACCGUGUUGGAUACACCUAUUCAGUCCUUUUAGGCCUAGGAUACACUGAGGCUGUACAACUGAUGUACAAUGCAUUGGACUCAACAGUUGUGAUGCAAUGGAUAUUUUUUUUUAACUGAAACGUUUAAAAUAUUGUUGUUUGGUGUCUCCAGAGCGGUUGGGUAAAUAUUUUUGUGCAGACAAAUGCAUAACAAAUACCUGUUGUAUCAAAUGCGUUGUACAACCUGAGUGUGAACUAGGCCAGUUGACCUAAAGGUGUGCCUAAGGCUGUUCCACUUGCUCAGGAGUGAAGUUCCACUAGGGACAGAUCUAGGAUCAGCUUCCUCCCCCAAUACACCUCCCAUUAGUGGAGAAAAUGCUAAACUGACCCAAGAUCAGGGGGAACUUGACCAUACUCCAUUCCACUUAAUAACCUCCCUACUCUGUAACUGUAAUUAGGUUGAUCGAGGACUUUUGACUACAUUGGUCACAAGAUUAGUCACCAAAAAAAAGUUGUUGUUUUAUCCUCGUAUUUUGUAAUUUACUUUUAUUUAAUAUGUACUAAGUGUGUUGGUUUGUGUUAAAGGCGAUCUACUGUAUGUACUUUCAUCUUGUAUAGAUGUCAUUUUUGUAUACCUCCUGGAAAAACCUUCUGCUGAUUUUUCUUCUUUUUUUGUUGUAGAAAAUAGUAAUUCCACUAAUCAGUAAUUCCAAAUGCAUUGUGCAUCUCCACAACUUUAUGCCAAUAGAUUCCAAAUAAUUUUUUGGGGGUGAUUUAUUAAACAUUUAUCCAGAGUGCUGAUGCUAUGUGUAAUCAGUGCUGCAUUGUAACAUUCCUCCCAGACGUGAUUUAUUAAACAUUUCCCAAAGUG